CAGUAUCUGACUAUCGCUUUAGUCGUAUCUCAUGUAGUAUAGAUUCUUCUGCAGACUAUAGUUUUCAUCAUGCUGGUUACUUUUGUUUUGGGUUCGAAGAUUCGGGCUGGUGAUUUUUGAUCGUGUUUACCAAGUUCGCAAUCAGUAUGUGGAAUUUGUCGUCUGGACGUAUGUAUUCAGAUACAUAUUGUGCUUUGUAGUUCUCGAAAUGCAUCUUCGAUUCGGCCGCCUUAGUAAUUAAGAGAUUUAUACGGAAUCCAGUUGCCAGCCUCGGUGGAUGCGACUUCCAAGAGAUUUUACCAGAAAGUAUGCGAGUAUCGUCACAUCUUGCACUUUUUGCCUAAAAUAGAUGCUGAAGUGAUCUUGUUGAUGAACUACAGUAUACGGCAUGUGCGCACAGUGUACCGUGGAGAUCUUCGCUGCUGCAGAUGCUGCGAGUGACUUGUGAAAAGAAGCAAAACAUGCUCGGUGGCAGCAGUAACUGGAAGGGCUUCCUCAACGACCUUUCCUUCGUUGCGACGUUGUUAAUGUGUUAGGACAGGUAUUCAAAUGUUGUAUCUUUUAUGAGAGCCAUGCAGUACCUUCAGCAUAUGGUGACUGAAAAUCACUCUGAAAAGGCCUCUGCAUCUGGAGUGAUCACACCGGCCGUUCGGACUUCAACAUGAUCAUGAAAGUUUAAUAAAUCGGUGCUUAGUGUUUCGAAGGUGCUAAAUCGUGCGUUAGUGACGGUGUUUUGAUCACGCAAUGAAUAAUAUUAGUGGAAUGUAGUUUUUCCAAAUUAUAUUCAGAUCGUUCAGUGCAAGUUUUCAUUGUGAAAAAAAGUAUCUUAAACUCUUGGAAUACUGCAAGGAGCCCGUCUUAAGAUGUCUGUAGUCAUGCGGAACCGACAACAGUAUCCAGACGACAAUGGAUAUCUCUACCCGAAUCUCCAAAGAUGCAAUUGUUGCCCUUAUGGCUAUCAUAUCGAUCUGGACUUCAUCCAAUAUUGCGAGUCUCUGGCAAAUUGGAAACCUUCCAAGGAGCAACUUUUGCGCAGAGACAAGCGCCGAUCUCGUAAGUCAUUGGAGGUGAUGCUUGGUCUGGAAGAUUUUUAUCAAUGGCAACCAACGGAAAAAGUGCAUCCAGUUAAAGAGGUCCAGAACGAAUAUGAGCCGGAUUCUCCGAGGGUGAUAGCAGCUGUUCCACAUCGAAAUGCAAGAGACAUAUUUUCCGAUUUUCCCUCCUGUUUCCCAUACGAUGAAUCACCCACUGCUGGCCUGGCGUUAAAAUCAGCAGCUGCGUCACCAGCAUCUACACAUAGCGCACACAGCGCAAUCGAGGCAACGGCCUUUGUGCGUGACGCACUUGACGAAGUAGUCAGUGACUUUGAAAGGACGCUCGAACGCACUAAGAAAAAGUCGAAAAUUAAGCUUUCAGAUACGGAUUGGAAAAAUCGAUAUUUUGACCCUGCAGAAUCAUGCGUCUCAGCGGAGAGCAGUCAACGAUCAGCGAGCCACGACAAAACUCCGCCAACCUUGGACGCAAAGGACGAAAUCGAAUUCAUACGUAGCAAUGCGGUCGAUUUGAGCCCUAAUACUCUUUACAGUAUUAGGGAUCAAAUGGCCAUCAGCCUAAGACGCAUGAAAGAUUUGGAAGAACAAGUGAAACUAAUCCCUGUGCUCAAGAAGCAGUUAUCGACUCUGAAAGAAGAGAAGCGUCAAUUACAAAUUCAACUUCGUAAAGACGAGGCAACAUCACCCUCAGCUGCAUCAUCUAGUCAGAAAAUGAUUCAGGUAAUAUCAUUCACGCCACAACGAAUUAGCCCGGUAGCCUUGGAGAGUCUCGGAUCCAGAAUCCGGUCACACUCCCAAUCGGAGCUUACGACAAAGAAAACACUGAAGCGAGAUGUUGGUAUCAUGUGUACGCAACACACUAAAGAUGUGGGGACAUUGGUCAGCCCAACAAUGGUACGAUCAAUCGGAGUUAAUCCAACGAUGACCGAUAGUAUUCAUGAUGAUAUCUUCACGAGGAGUCAGCUUGACGAUAUACUCAAAAAGUCUAUUGUUGAAUACGAAGUGAGAAAGCGAAAGGAGAAACAUAGGAACUUAGUUUCGAUUGGAACACAAAUGGUACCGAAGGCACAACCUGAAAAGAAAACCUGCUCAACACAAGCGACUGUGGAGAAACCUCCAACGAAGGAACAAGCUUCCAUGAUUACUCCGAUGCGAAAGGAUGCCUAUGCUCUUCAUAAGCCUGAAACUCGAACUGUUGGAUCAUCCGAGCAUAAAACAACUGAUAUUUUAUGUGAAAGAUGCGGAGUGCCAAGAAGAACAGUCGCAUGUGGUCCUGACAGUGAGGAAUCGAAGCAAUAUCUAUCACUGAAGCAAAUGGACAUGCCACCGCGAAGCCUGUCAUUCCAUCUUGGAGAGACUGAAAAGCUUAAUAUAAAACGAAAAACGAUCGGAACUCAGUAUCAAAUAUCUACAAAGCAUGCUGCCGUGCAAAGCUCGGUUGCUACAGAUUCCGUGGGGGUUCAGAACGUUCCAACUUACGCAACAAAGUCUUGCCAACAUUUCGCGGAUAGCGCCCAGAAAACUACGGAUACUCUUGGUUUGAUUCAACUAGUUGACCACUUUACUAACACUGAUAAAAUCAUACCGGAAAAGGUUAUAACGUAUAACCAAGCAUCGAAUACUGAUCAAAUUCGUACAAAGGACUAUGGAACCAAUACCCUUCCGCCAGCAAGGUUACAACAUAUGUCCUCGAACACGGAUAAGGUUUCGCAUAAAGAUGUUGGUUGCGGUGAUGUUAUAAAGCCGCACAUAUCAAUAGCUUGUGCUGACAAUUACUGUGAUUCAUGCAAGGACGCUAUAAAGAAUCUUGCGAAGGAAUUCUCAAAAGUGCUCGGAUCACCAACAUUGGGUAGCUCCGUCGAGCACUCCAGGAUACCUCGACCCACGACACUAACCAGUCCACGUCCAGUUCGAAAGAAGUUCAUGCGGCAGAACACAUACACGGUUCAACAGUCGCCUAGUCCUAGUCCUGUGGGUGAACGUCGUUCAGCCAGUGUGACGCCGCCAUCGAGAUCCCUUUCAAGCAGCCUGGAUUCGAUUAGUGCACUCCGAGGACCAACAGGUAUUUCCAGCAAACAGAACACCGAACGCAACAGUCGCACCGGUGGUAUAGGUGAUGAGUCACUCGGCAGUGGAACCUCGGUUGGUGCUGGUCAAAAGGAACUACCGCCGCCGCCGGGUGAAGUGACGGUUUCGCUGUCGUCACCGACAACGUCAUGGAAACAAGACACCGCCGACCCCAAGCCAAACCUGAAUGGGGGUGAAAGUGUCGAAGAGGACGACGUCAAGGAAGACACCCAGCCAACCAUUAGCUGUGCCGUGGCAGCAUCCUCUAGUCAUAAUAAUAUGCUUCUCACGCAGAUAGCGACAUCAACUUCAGCACCGCGAAAUAAAGUGACGCCUUCGAAGGAAAUGCGAGCAGCUAUGAAAGUGAUCAACGAUUCCCUGCAGAAAUCCUCCACGAAGCAGAGUAAUUUGAAGAAUGCCAACGGAAUUGUUCAGCGGGAAUGGUUUCAAAUAUCCAGUACGGAUAGUGCUAAUCCACUGGAUGUUGAGGAUUAUUUGGAUUGCUUCGAGGAGUUCUCCAAUGGCUUGCUCAAGUAUAUUGUUAAUUUGAAGGAUGGAAAUGGUAACACCGCAAUGCAUUAUGCAGUUUCUCAUGGCAAUUUCGAUGUUGUAUCCAUACUGUUAGAUUCAAAGGUUUGCGAUGUAAAUCAGAUGAAUAAUGCGGGAUACACAUCGGUCAUGCUAGUUUCUUUAGCUAAGUUAAAGAACUCGGCACAUCGAACGGUCGUACAACGAUUAUUUCAAAUGGCUGACGUCAACAUACGAGCGAAAAAACACUGCCAAACUGCCCUCAUGCUUGCAGUAUCACAUGGAAAUUUGGACAUGGUGGAGAUGCUCUUGGCAGCUGGUGCUGAUAUCAACAUUCAGGAUGAGGAUGGUAGCACGGCCCUGAUGUGCGCCGCGGAGCACGGGAGAAUUGAUAUUGUUAAGCAUCUGCUAUCACAGCCUGAUUGUGAUUCUUUGAUUCAGGAUGUUGAUGGCAGUACGGCAUUUAAAAUUGCGUGGCAAGCACAGCAUCGUGAUAUUGGCCUACUUUUAUAUGUUCACGAACAAAUGCUACGAAGCAAAAUGCCUAGUCGUGCAGAACCUCCUCGGUCGCCUGCUGCAAUUCCUAGGACACCGAAACAGCAGAGCCAACAACAGCAGAGUCCUCCAAAUCAACAAAAAUAGGGAUCAAUAUUAUAAGAAUUCGAAACAUGGUUUCAGUACGUUGCUACGGAAAAAGAGCUCAGUGCUCAGAUUUUGAAAAUUUAGAUGAAAGUAACCUUGCAUCUGUUUGCUUGGAAUGAUGUCCGUUUGAGGCAUAUCAGGACGUUGAGAACCUUUCGGUCAAUUAGUUGAAAGAACUCGCUGUUCCUCAUGUAGUUUAGAAGGAAGGAGGAUUAUUUGCAUUAACGAGGCUUAGAACGACUGCCGUCUCAGGGAACGAACUAAGCCAAGGAUGUAUACGUCUUCUAACAAUCUUUUUGUUACAAUUGAAUUUAGGGAUAUCUUUGAAACUGAGCACUGAGCACAGGCCUAAUUCCUCAGUGACUCCCGCAGUGACCCUCAUGGCUUGCUCUUAAAGGCAAAUAAAAUUUUGUAUCAUAUCAGACCUCAGAUUGGGGUAGUCACUAGAGUGUUAGGCAAACUAUCGGACUUACGACACACUUUUGUGCAUUUACGAACUAACAUUAAUCGAAAUGCAGAACAUUCCAUAUCAGCGUCAUAUUGCAGAAGGACAAAAUGACAACACGAACUAAUUUCAGACUUUUACUUACUGAUUGAUUCCCUGCGCAAAUUUUUUGCCCUGUAUUGUAUACUAUUAGCGUAAUGACCAGUGCCUGUUUUGUAGGAUGGAAACCUCCUUGAAAGUUCACAAGGAUAUCUCCGCAAAACAGGCAAAUUGUAAACAUGGUUGUAUCUUGUACAUAAUGAGUUUAUUGACUUGAAAGUUUCGUGUUCGUUUUUUUAUGAAUUUUAGAAGAAGUACUUAUGUCACUUGUAAAAGAAACUUAGACUGUGCCUUUACCCCUGUAACCCGUAAAUGAAAGUAAGAUGUAGAAAUUGUGAACGCUGUUAUGUUUUGAAAAAGAUAAAAAAAAAUGUAAAAAAUUAUUUACUACAAUUGAUAGAGAUUUUUGGAGUGUCUAGGAACAUAUCGUUGGGAAAUUAUUUACAUAUUUCGUAAUUGUGUGCACCUAGUUUUACAUGGAGGCUAGAGUGUAUCUAAUCAUUAUCGAAAUGGACAUUAUCUUGUUAGCACACAUUUAUAAGUUUGAAUCGUAGGAAGAUUUGAAAUAAUAGAAUGAGUGGAUAUAAUUGAAA